UUCAACAUGGAGACAACGGUCGAAAAGCUGGAGGCGAUGUUCCUGAAGUCGGAGGCAGACCUGGACUUCAUCGAGAGACGGCUGAAGCUGGACUUUAUCAACAGCUCUGCAGAGAAUGGAUGUCCUGCUAAGGAGAACAUGGCGGGGAUGCUGGAGAACCUGAAGUCCAUCAAGGUCAAACACAUGCAGCUGUUUUCUGAGGCAGCGGCCGUCACAUCUGCCCAGACAGAAGUCAUGCAGUCCAUCAGGGGCAACUUCAGGAGUCUUGUGGAUAUGAUGGCUGACUGCCAACAGAGCUCCGACGUGCAGGCAGGGCCCGUCUCAGAGUUGGAGCAGGAGUCAGCUGCGCUGCUGGGUCUACCCAUCACCACAGUUGAGGCGUCUCCGGCUGCAGAGGCUCCUGUCCAAAAUCAACCUCAGAGUUGCGAGUAUGCAGAAGUGACCGCAGCCAUGUUCAAAGCACUUCCAGUCAGCAUGCGCUCCAAGAUCAAGCUGGAAAACCUGAAUACGUUGUACCUGCAGCUGCAGCAGCAUCUCAGCAGUAGCAGUGAAUCUGUCAGCGUUCAGAAGAUGAAGCAGCUCAAGAUGAAGGUGAGCGACGACAAGCUGAAGGUGCUGCAGCAGCUCCGGUUGGUGGAGCUGGACCGGAGAGGCCACGUUCACCUCGUCGUCUAAUGACGGGGCGCUGUCUUUUGUUUUCUCCUUCCGGAGAUGUGGAACUGUUGCUUCAAGUCCAGCAUGGAGGACAACUGCACUUUUUUCUAAUUUUGGAAAAAACAUUUCUCAGUGGAAGAUCUUCACUGGAUCCUGAAGAACCAGUA